AUGCAGAACCUUGCCGAACCCCUGCAGUCCCUUACGCUUGACCCCACACCAAAGGGUUGCUCGGAAAAUCCGACCUCGAAGGAAGCGAGAGCGUUCUCAGAUAUACUCACAUGGCUCAUCCUUCCAAUUGCAGUGCUAAACAUCAUCAGCGGUGAAGUGCAAUCCUACUGGGAACAGCCCUUUGCGCAGCCUUACUUCGACAAUAGCACAAAACGGGAGAUCACAGCCACCGUGGGUCAGUCCGCAUUGCUACACUGCAGAGUGCGGAAUCUGGGCGACAGGGCGGUGUCCUGGAUACGGAAACGUGACUUACAUAUCCUGACCGUCGGCAUUCUCACGUACACCAACGACCAGCGCUUCCAGUCGCUGCACACCGAAGGCAGCGACGAGUGGACAUUACGCAUCACGUCACCGCAGCCCCGGGACUCCGGCACCUACGAGUGUCAGGUAUCGAUGGAGCCCAAAAUCUCCCAAGCCUUCCGUCUCAACGUGGUCGUUUCGAAGGCGAAAAUCCUCGGCAACUCGGAGCUAUUUAUCAAAAGCGGAAGCGAUAUCAAUCUAACAUGUGUUGCACUGCAGUCACCGGCGCCGCCAUCGUUCAUCUACUGGUACAAGGGUGGUCGGGUCGUUAAUUACUCGCAGCGCGGCGGCAUCAGCGUCCUCACGGAGCGACAAACCAAAACCAGUAAAUUAGUGAUUGCUCGCGCCAUGCCCUCGGACUCCGGCAACUACACCUGCUCCCCGAGCAGCUCAGAUUCGGCCAGCGUCGUCGUACACGUCAUCAACGGAGAGCAGCCAGCCGCAAUGCAGCACGGCAAUAGCAGCGCUAAUAGCAUUUUAAUAAAUAAUCGCAGCUUUAGCCGCCGCGGCCGCCAUCUUCACCGGCCGGGGGUGCUGGACCUCGUCGGCUGGCUCGACCACGUGGGCGCUAGUAAAAAUUUAAUAUUAUCAUUAACAUCGUCAUGGGUUUGCUGGCUGCUCAAAUCGAUCGGACCGCUCGGGGGCUACGGUAGGUGAUUUGCGGCGUAAAGACUCAUAAAUACAGUCGAAUAAACAAAAUGGCCACAGAUGCGACCAUCGAGUGUGGGUGUGCUUGUAUCCUUUCGGGCAGUCCGGAGUCUUCACACGCACAUUGUAAUAUAAUCAUCCCAUCGCGGAUGCAAUUUC